AUGUGUAGAGCUUUGGCUCCGCUUGCGGCGACCACUGCAGCUCUCUUCAGGAGGUGCAGUGCAGUGCGUGGCUGUGCAGCGUGCUGUGCGUUGUGUCUUGCGACGAUUCGUCGUCUGGUUGUGCUAGGGCUUCUGGUCGCUGGCCUCUCGGCUGGGCCUCGGCCGCGGCCGCUGGGCCUUGUGAAGCCGGAGCGAACCGUUGUGGCAGAAGGCUUGCUGCAUCGAGCUGCAUUGAGCGUGGCCACAGCAAAAUUGGCGGCACAGGUGCUUGCAUCUUUUGCACCAAGCCAAGUCGCGCUGGUCCGGGCCACAGGCGUGGUGGCUCGGGCAAAGCCUGUUGUUCCAGCGGCACAGCAGGUAGCGUGGUCGGCGCUUGCGCGGUGCAGCCACACGCGAUCGCAGCGUCGGCGACUGCUUCAUGGAGCUUUGCUCGCUGCUGCAGGAGAGUUCGGCCUCAUGCAACCGGCGCGGCUGGCAGAUGUCGUUUCUGAUUGGUGUGCGACGCAGGAAGUCGCAGGCACUCCUCUCUUGGUCACUGGAAAGGAUGCAAGGGUCAUUCCCACACUGCUUCUAUCAGUUCUUGGUCGGCUGCAGAGACACCGGCCUCGGAUCGAUCCGCAGGGCCUCGCUGUUGCAGAGCUUUGUGCAGCCAGCGUUCUGGAGUACAUCUCCCUGCCAUCGCCCCGAAAGGGCGUUUUCAAUGUGCCGGACCUGAGAAAGCUGUCGCCCUCGGCCUUGGUGAAUUGUAGGCUGCUGACCCAGGACGCCUCCGAGGCGUCGCCAGGCUUUUACUUCGCGCUCAAGGCGAAGGCCACAGCAGAGGUCACGGCGCUACACGAAACCGUGCAAACAGCUGGGAUUCCUGUGCCGGCGCCCGCGGCGCGGCGGGCCAAGGCGGCCAUCUUCGUCGAGGAUGUCAGCCUUCCACUCAGAGCAGAGGUGCCAUUGGCAGCAGAAACGCUUUUCGGUCCGGGGCCACAAGCGCGCGAAGCUUUCGCGUGGCAGUUGCCGCAACAGAUUCUGUUCGCCAAGCUGCGGACAAGGCUGAAAUCGUUCCGAGGAGACUAUGGCCCUGAACGAUCAAAGCGCACUGCUCCCGGCGCUUUGGUGGUUGCUUCCUUGCCUCGACACACGUGUGUCUCAGCAGACCUGCAAGUAUCCGUCGUGGUUGCGCAAUGGGCCUCGUAUUUAAGUCUGCAGCGGCGCGCUCUGCAGCCGUCCUUGCGUCUGGUGGCGUUGCCAAGGAUGCGCGCGUCGUUGGCUGCUGCUUUAUGGACUGGACCACGAGAUUUGCACGCUGAAGUGGAAGUGCACCCGAUUGAUCGUAGCUCUCCGGUGACGGCCGUGGAUGGCCUCAGCUCUUUGCCGCUACUCUUCAGAGACGGCACUCUGGACCUUGAGGCGAAGCGGCCGCCAGGGUUUGAUCUGGCGAUGCUGUGCGAAGCAGACUUUGGUCUCCAAGAAGUAGAUGCUGUACAGAGCAGG